UUCUCGAUGUGCGACGUUCAAAAAUGUUUUCGAAACGAGUUGGGGUGAUUUUCUGUUUGAUUUUGUGCAACUUUUUUCACUGCUGUUGCACUUUUAAAGAACAAGAACUACAACGAAACGUGAUUGAUUUAGUGAAAAUAUGGGCUAAUGAGAUUGGAAAAAAACUCUUCCACCUGAGCAACACGUUGACGCAACCGCAGAGGGUGGAAGAUAGCUUCAAACACCUCAAAGACCAAUUAGAACGAGUUGAGGGUAUGCAAAUUUUGCGAAAGAUCAAGGAGGACAUGAGGACUAUUAUGGCCAAGAAAACUGAGGCUGUCAAAAGAAUCGCUGAAUAUGCAGAAUUUUUGUCGUAUUAUAGAAAAAACGAACCGCUCUUUGCUAACAGUUCAUACCAAUAUUACAACGCUGACAACGUUACGGACAUAGACGACGAUGACGAAAGAUUGAAAGUGAACUACGACAUCCAGUUAGCUGAAUGUAACUGGUUCUGCCAGCAAAGAAAUUUAAAACCACUCGACCACAACUCGUUCACUCGAGAAGAAUUGGACGCUUUGUAUAGAGUAAAGAACGCCAACGACGAGAAAAACGACUGCGAUUGCACCAAUCAAUUGGACCGGUAUUCGGAUAAGGAAGAAGAGUUUUAUCUUACCUUGCCGAUGGAGUACGACGCCAGGUUUGGAGAGAAUGUCAAUUUGAAUAUGAGCAUCAUUAAAACGCCCAUCAAUGUUUAUCAUAGAGAUGAGAAGGUUCUCGAAGGGAUCAGAUGGUCUGAAGCCCUGGAUUUUGUUUUCAAGGACAACAUGGCUAAGGAUCCGACUUUGACAUGGCAAUAUUUUGCUAGUCCUCAUGGCUUUAUGAGGCACUAUCCAGCCAUAAAGUGGUCGACCGAAACUUAUGAUCAAACUUACGAUUUCCGUACAAGGUCGUGGUAUACAGAAGCCAUGACAUCACCAAAAGAUAUAAUGAUUUUAAUGGAUAAUUCCGGCUCUAUGGUGGGAACACAUAGAGGUUUGUGCAGUCACAUCGUCAACGAUAUUUUAGAUACUUUAAACGACAACGACUUUGUCAACAUUUAUAUUUUUAACAACUCCACCGAACCUCUCGUGGGGUGCUUUAACAACACUUUAGUACAAGCAAAUGAGGAAAAUCUACGCUUGCUAAGAGAAAGUCUUCCUGUUUACGAAGACAUCUUCGUAUCAGACAUAAGUGUAGCUUUGGAGAAGGCUUUUGAAAUCUUGAAAAACUUCCGAAGAUUCAGCACUAGUGCAGCUUGUAACCAGGCAAUAAUGUUGAUAACUGCAGGAAUCGACUAUGACUUCAACUUUGACCUAUUUAAAUUGUACAAUUGGCACAGCAACAACCCCGUUAGGAUAUUCACGUAUCAAAUUGGCAGUGAUUGUACUGAUGCCAGACACAUGGAGUGGAUAGCUUGUGCAAACAUGGGAUAUUAUGUUAACAUGACUGUUAUGUCGGAUGUAAGGGAAAAAAUUUUGAAUUACAUGAACGUCUUAUCCAGGCCUAUUAAUUAUAAUUAUACGCAUAAAGACAGCGAAGUUUGGAGUUAUUUACACGUAGAUCUGGCCGAUAGAAGGCUUUCCAAUUGGCUCUGGCGGAAAUUCGAAGGCAAUAGGCAACGAGAAGUAUUUUUGGAUCAUGUUAAACGAGAUUACAUGAGACUAAAUAAACUUUUAACCUCAAGAGGGCACAUGUUACUUAAGGAGGAACACGAGUACGAAAAGUACAAGACGAAAUAUAUGGACUACAACUACAUGACUACAGUUUCCCUUCCAGUUUAUGGAAGAAGGGACAAUGAGAUUGACUUAAUAGGUGUAGCCGGAGUUGAUUUGCCAAUUAAACUGCUUAAAUCUUUAAUACCUUACCACAGACUUGGAACCAAUGGAUAUGCCUUCAUUUGCACCAACAACGGAUACGUUCUAACACAUCCUGAUCACCGACCUGAAUUUGAAAACAUCUUAAAACCGACAUUUAACAGAGUCGACUUUCUGGAAGUCGAAAUCCUGAACGACGAAAGCGAACCGCGCCUCUUCAACGAAACGAUCGUCUCGUUGAGGGAAAAAGUGGUGAAUCACACUGAAAACCAGCAAACUUUACAAGUCAAAUUCACCCUUAACGAAAUGAAACGUGUGAUAUUAAGUGGUAGGGAAUAUUUUCUCAUGCCUUUGGGUCCAUUCACUCUCGGAAUAGUGCUGCCACAAAAAUAUGGACGAGUUAAAAUUAGACCUAGUGCGACUAAAAACUUCGCUGCUGCCAUGGGAUUAUUAAAAACUACAUACUGGAAGGUCCAUCCGGAUUGGAUUUAUUGUAAGUCUUGUGAAGGUGCCACUCCUGAAGACAAAAUCAAUAACUUUUUGAAAACUAAUCCCGCCCCAAAAGAUAUGGAACCUUUGUUUAGUUUAUUGCUCCAUGAUGCCAAUAAUACAAUUUGGUUCGAAGAUCCUUUGGACACAGAAAAGGACAAGGUCAUUCGAAAGUAUUUCGUAAACAAAAUCUUCCUGUCAACUCAUAGCGGAUUGACGAGAUGGAGAAAUUUCGACGUCUCCUUCAUAGUCGUCGAAGACGACAAAGACAGUUUCGAGAAAAGAAACAACCGCUCGAUAGACGAAGAUUGGUACAGGAGGGCUGUGGAAGAGAACUACAAUGACGAAAGGAAAUUUUUGUACUCCGUCCCUUUCGAAAUAUCAGGCUAUGAAAACAACACGAUGAUAACGGGAACGAAAGCGAUAUACCUGAAGAACAAGAACAUGAAGACGCCAAUAGCUGUAGUAGGACUUCAAUUCAAUCAUCGAGCGAUGUACGAACUUUACAACGAAAUUACAUUGAAAAGUCACAAUAGGACAGUCAAGUGUGGCACGGGAAGACGUUGCAAUAUCACCUGUGAAUCGGACUAUCUCAACUGCUUCAUCCUCGAUAACAACGCCUACAUCGUGCUGAGCGACGAGAUCGAGUACACCGGACGUUUUAUCGGUGACAUCCGGGCGGACAUCAUGUACCAUCUAAUCGAGGACGGUGUGUUUGAGGACACUCGGAUGUUCGAUUAUCAAGCCAUUUGUCAGAAGGAACCCCCCAAGAAGAGGAAGAGAAACGCCGCCGGGAGUCCGGCCAUGCGAUUCAGAAAAAUGUUCCAGCACCUCUUGGGCAUUACCAAUUGGGCCCUAGCUACUAUUUUAUUUUGGGUGAAGUCCAUAGUGGCAGGUCCAAAUUAUCAAAGUUUAAAAGAGGACACGAUUGCAGUAGAAAAAUUGGAAAUCAAAAAAACUUACCCGACGCCAUGUGAUCACGAAUUCUGGUUGUUCACUCUUAAGGACAAAUUCAGGAGCAGCGUUUACCACGAAAACGCCACAAAAUUCGACUGUGAAUGGCCCUACGUUGUGGAAAAGAUACCCGACAGUAAUCUGUUGUUCCUUGCGAUUAAUGGCCGAUGUAAAUUCGGCACAAAAACUUACAUCAACAGUCCCCAACCGAAGGAGAUAAUUUACAAUGAGACUUUACCCUGUUACAUAGCGACAAGAAACAAUUACACGAGGAGGAGCUACAUGAAUUGCUACAGUCAUGACGAACGUGAGAUGGGAUUAAACGAGAGAGAUUCGUUUUACUGUGGCCACACUUGGAAGAAGCCGAAGGAACCUGGUUGUUAAUCUUGGGCUUUAUUAAAUUUAAAUUAUAUUUUUCUGUUUGUAUUCUCGCUUUAGAAUAUAAAU